AUGGGAGAAAAAGGAGAACUUCAUCUAGAAAAGAUUUAUGAUUUCCUUUUAAACAGUCUGGAUGACAGAGUUUCAAUAGAAGGAUUCGCCUUUGAGCCAAUUAAACUAGGCGGGUUAUAUUGGAGCCUUACAGCCAUUUCGUUAUUAAAAGGGCCUCCAAAUUCUAUAAUUCAUCCUAGAACCAGCGAAACUUUGGAAUCCAUGUCCAUCCACUUUCUAUCGCAGUCAAAAAAUGAAGACGGAGCUUUUGGAUUCGGACCUAAACAUCCUUCUAACCUUAUCGCAACACAUUACGCUAUUUUGGUAUUGGCUCUAAUUAACAGACUAGAUUUUAUAAACGUGAACGAUGUAGUAAAAUUUAUUUCAAGUCUUCAGGUAAGAUCUCUUGGUGUGAUAUUUAUUAAGAAUAGGGAUGGGAGUUUUUCCUCUGACAAAUACGGAGAAUCUGACUGUAGAAAUUCAUACAGCGCCUUAGUAUGUCUUUCUAUACUGGGAGGUCUUAAUAAUAUCGAUUUAAAGAGAGCAGUUGACUUUAUUUUAUCCUGUAAAAACUUCGAUGGAGGGUUUGGAUGGCAACCAUUGAACGAAUCACACGCAGCAGCGUGCUUCUGCUGUGUCGGAGCUCUAGCAGAACUUGAUUUACUUUCCCUUAUUGACUCCGACAAACUUGGGUUCUGGCUCUCCGAAAGACAAAACAAAGAUGGUGGGUUAAAUGGAAGACCUGAGAAGGAUUCAGAUAUAUGUUAUUCCUGGUGGAUUUUAUCAGUUUUAUGUAACAUAGGUAUUUUCACAAGUUUUAUCCUUGAUUUGGUGAAAUUCAUAAUAGAUUCACAAAAUCAAGUUGAUGGCGGAAUAGCCUAUUUUCCCGGUUAUAUGGGUGACGUUUGUCACACCUUUUUUGCUCUUUGCGGUAUUUCUCUAAUUGAUUCCAAAGGGCACAACUUGACACAAAUUCAUCCAAUUUAUGCCACAACAUUGGAAACAGCGGAAAGAUUAAAAAGAUUUAAAUCUGAACAAACACAACAUAAUCGAGUGUAA